AUGGGGAAGAAAGCCUUGACGCUCAAUACCCCUGGUGAGGGUAUCGAGAUGGAUUCGGCGAAACGUAGUCCAAAGACGAAGGAGAGACCCCGAAAGUCCGUGAUGAGGCAGCACCGAAAAGCAAGUCUUCGAGCGGAACUGGCCGAGGAACUGCUGAGUCCACAGGCAGAAUCCCCGUCGCUAAAGCCCGCCGAUGAGACUGUUGUGGAAUCAGCCGUGCCAACUUCGAGCUCCAAGGGGGAUAAAUCAAGCCGACGCUCGGGCAGAUUGCGGUCCAAGCGUGCUGACAAAGCUAACAACGAUGAAAGCGCUGAUGCACUUCAGAACCAGCAGAGCCCAAUACUUUCAGGUCGUCGAUCCAGUAUCAUGUCGUGGCGCAGUCGGAACUCUACAGCUUCGAUAGUAGAAGAUGCGCCCCCUGCGUCGUGUCCAUUAUCUUGCCAGCGGUCGGCGUGCUUCAUCGGGUCUCUCAACGGAAGUAUCAGUGAGGUGCAUCUGCCACUGCUCAGCAAGCAUAUGAAGGCGCGUAUGAACGCAUUGAAGGCCCAGCCAAAGCAACGCAAUCUGGAGGUUUUUAUUGAGCGGUCAGACGAGCUUCCGUUUGGAGCGUAUUCCCACCCCCAGGUGCGCGUUCAUGCUAUCGACCGAUGCACUGGACGUGCUCUGUGUCCACCGCAAAUGACAAGCGAGGCCAAGUUCUUCACAGAACCCAGCAACCAGGACUACACGAAAAUCCUCGAGUCCAAGCCUCCUACUAAAGGAACGCGGUUUCGUCGUGGAACGCGGUUCGAGUCAGUCAGCACUCACGACGAAGAUGACGCGAGUCACAAGGCACCAUCGACAACGGAGUAUCGCCGUAUCGCGUGGGGGUUCUUCCACACUAUCACGAGCAAAGGCAACCCAACGAUGAACUGCUUCGUGCUUCCUAAUGUGCCUGAGGACAAUGAUCAAACGAAGUCCAAGUCCGAAGAAGUUGUUGAUGUGUGCGGAUUGCGUGUCCGGUUGUUCGAGUACCAAGUCCUAACGUGGAUGGACAACUACCAGGCCAAAUUGCAGUGGGGCUGGAGGAAGAACCAUCCUACCAUGCCUGCAGUAUUUCUACAGUAUCAGAAGCGCACUCGCGUGCCUGCGCCAACGACACUACACGUUCAACUACGGGCUGCAAGCGGAGCCACCGCUGAUGCUGAGGCUGAUCAAGAAGCAAGUGUCAACCCAGAACACAGAGGUGGCGAUAAUCAAGAACCCCCAGAGGCAGAUACUCCACCAGUUGGUGUUGCCCAACCAGAAGACGCUGGAAGUAAGGCUGCGGCUCCUUCAGGUGCAGCUUCCAGCGACCAAUUUGACUUGCUGGUACCUUAUGGCACGGUGAGGUUGUGGGAGCUGCCUUCAAUGAAUACCUCCAGCCCUCCAGCUUCUCCACGAGCUGGUAACGCUCGUCGUAGUCGUUUGUUGCCGCAAGUGUUGCAGUGGCACCACUUCCCAUGCUUCGUGUAUUGUGCGAGCUUUCUUCCGGGUAGCAACGGUGGCACUAUUCUCACGGGAGCGUCUGAUGGGUGUCUACGCUUCCGGAAGGAAUCGUCCGUGCCCAAUGGCCAACCUGAGUUCGGAAUGCUCCAAGUGAGUGCUAGUGCACUGCAUACAAUUUGUGUGGAGGCAAAGACUGGACGAGUAUUUUGUGGUGAUGCGAAGGGUGAUAUCACUGUGUGGAAACGUACGCCAAAUGCAUCGACGCUUGCUGGUUAUGAGCUCGUGAAAACGAUUCAAACGGGCCAGACCAGCAUCACGUCGAUGGAGCUUCAUCCGCGUAAGGCUCAUUUGCUGGUUCACACGCAGCCAAACGCGAUUUUCCAGUACGAACUGCGGUCGUAUCUAUUGCUGAACAAGAGCUAUGCUGGCGUCGCCUGUGAAUCCUUGCUCGUGAAGAGCACAUUCAGUCCCGAUGGGAAACUGGUUAUCAGUGGCUCUGAGGAUGGCGUUCCUCGUUUGUUCACAAGCCUCCACGGCCAGCAACUGCAGCGAGGCGUCUGGGGAACCCACUUCUUCCACGACUGCCCCGUGCUGGACGUGAGCUGGUCUCCUACGGCUCACAUGGCUGCACUCUGCUCUUAUGGGGGGAAUAAUCCGAUUGUGGUGCUCUGCUCCUACCGAGAUGAUAACGAGGCCGCAUUCAUGGAUGAGUCCGUCUCUGAUACUACAGCGACUGCUACUACGAGUCUUCAGCAACUUGCUGUCGAUGCCUUUCGGGGAAGUAACCAGCAAGACGCUCUGCGUGGUGAUCACGCACAACGUCUUCAACGCGCGUUAGAGCGGCGUCAGAAGCGUCUGCAAGCGAAGGUGAGUCAGAUCGGUCACUCCUCUGAUCCUAGCACGGAUUCUACACCAGUGUAG